AUGUCUUGCCGGACCUCUUCGAACCAAAUUGGGCUGCAUCAUACCUCAAACUCGCAUCCUGACUGCCUCAUUGCUCAUCAGGAAAACCUAAAACAUGAUUAUGCUGAGGCACAAUAUUACCAGUUUUCAGCUUUUACUAGAAUUCCUAAAAAAAGACGUGCUCCUCUUCCUCCCAUUGAAAAUCUAGCAAAUUCUGACUCACUUAGUUCUGAAAAUAUUGCAACUACAAAUGUUUUCUCUUGCCUGACAGCCCGGGAAACGGCAGUAGAAACUAUGAGCAUUACGACAGUCUCUCCAUGUAAAUCCUCCUCACCAUCGACUUCAUCUAUUCCUUGUGACAGUAAGGGUAAGAUAAUUCUAGAAUUUGAUUUAGCUCAUUUAUGUAAACCCCAGUAG